AUGGCAGGGGAUGUCACCUACGCGGCUGUGGCAAUGCUGCCGAGGGAAAGGCCACACGCUCCUUCAGGGACAUCAAACCCAGGAAACACGAUCACAUAUGCUGAGCUGCAUGUGAAGUCCCAACCCCAAGGGAACAGCAGAGCAGAGUCUUCCGCUCCUGGCUGCCGGCACAGGUUCUCAGCCUGGUUCUACGUGGCGCUGGUCCUGGCAGUCCUCGUGCUCAUCCUGCUGGGAGUCGUGGCCAUACAAGCCAAGCAGUUUUUGAAGAGCAGAGCAGGAAAAUCAAAAACUUUGUCUCGCUAUGGUCUGAACAGCACCAGCAAUGACAUUUCUUCAGAGAGGACUGUCUCAGCAGCGCUCCUGAAACAGCUCAUGGAGGAGCUGUGUGAAGAUGGACAGGGGGCAACAUGUGAGCUGUGUCCCCCCGGCUGGCAGCUGCACAGGGGCAGAUGUUACUUCUUCUCUGAGGAGGCCAGGAGCUGGGAGGACAGCCAGAAAAACUGCCUGGCCAGGAAGUCCCAGCUGCUUGUCAUUGAGGAUGAUGUUGAGAUGGAAUUUAUAGACAACAAAGACAAAGAUACCAAAUAUAUCUGGAUUGGCUUGGACAUCAAAGGCAUGGAGAAAGCAUGGAGUUCAGUGGAAGAUCACAGAGUAAAAGAAAAGAGGACAGCUUUAAAAAGCAUCGAGGCUGACAAGAACUGUGCUGUUUACAGAAGGAAAAACGUGAUCCAGGCAGAUAACUGCCAGACCUUAAAGGAGUGGAUCUGUAAGAAGAAUGCAACUUUGCUGUUGCUCUGAGUGAAAUUUCCAGACAGCAGGCAGAGCUUCUUGUCAGAAGACCCAUUUUACACACAAACCAACUUGUGAUGUAAAUAAUUUUCAUCAGACUUGCAGGGAAACUUGCACUUUGCUGUGCUGUUCUCCCUAAAGUCAGAAGACAGGUCCUGCAACAGGCCUGCAAGCUGGCACACAAGGAUUUUGGGGUGCUGAGCCUUCACACAGACAGAUUUUGGCAGCAGCUGCCUCAGGAAGGGUCAGAGGAGAAGAGAUACUUGUGAGGAGGAGCACUGUGCACAUAAACAGUGUGAUGUAGAGGAAUUAAGGCCCCUGUGGGGGAUGAAGGGUGUGCUGUCACCCCUGCCUGCAGGCAGCUGCUGAGCUGAGGACUUCUUAUUUGGGUUUCAGGAUUUUAGUGUUUGCUGAAGUUUGUGGGCUUGGGGUUUUGUGAUUUUUUCCCUUGGGGUCUAAUUGUGACUCACAGAAGUCACUUGAGGGCUGGAAAAAAAAAAGGCAUUUGUUGGAUUUAUUCAAAGCUGCUGCACAGCUACUGGGUGUAGACAUCAGAGCAGACAUGGAGUGACUUGUAACACUUGUGGUUAAUGUGCUGAUUGCUCCCAUCCUCUUUGGUGUUGAGCCUUGGAAUCUGAAGGGAUUAACCAGGAAAGGGGCUUGGGCUGUAAAACAACAUUGCAGUGCAGGGAAAUAAAGUUGAUAACCUUCCUCUCCACCUAUAUUUUGUCCCUUUACAUUGUAAAUUCCAACCACAGUUAUGGUAUGAUGAGGUACCAAAGCCAAAGACUGGUGAAAUUAAUGCCUGGGAGUGCACUCAGUAAAUGCAUUACUUAGGCAUUGAAGUCAUAAAUAAAUGCUAUUUCUGGGUCUAGAACACAAAAUGCUAAGAGCAGUCUGACCUAGUGCCUUUACUAGGUUCACAUGUUUGACAAAAAUAAAGAAAUGUCAUGAACUGAAGGUGCUACUCUAACAAAAAUGGCACUGACUGGAAUUUAAGUCCUUACAGUGAUGAGAAAGAGAAACGAAGUCGAACAUGGCUUUUGAGAUGGUGAGCUUUUACCUCAUCUUUGCUGUGAUGCACACAAAUAAAGGCAGCUGCGGUUUCUCAGAGAUGUUUUUUCAUAUCUGUGCAUGCCUGGGGAGGGUUAAUGUCCAGCACUUUAGGGCUGCAGAUUAAAAAGUGAACUGUGCCCUCAGGGACUUCCCUUCAAACAACAACAACAAAAAACCCCAGCACAG